UACAUUCAGAGUAGGCAAGAUUGAAAGAGAGGAUGGAGAACGGUCGACAACACAAACACGUAGUGAUGCUUCCAUUCAUGGCACAGGGCCAUAUGAUACCAUUCUUAGCAUUAGCCAGGCAAAUUGAGCAACGAACAGGCUACGCCAUCACCAUCGCCACCACCCCCAUCAACGCCGUUUACCUCCGGUCGUCCAUCUCCUCCUCCACCACCACAACCACUACGACCAUUCGUGUUGUCGAGUUGCCCUUUUGCAGUGCCGACCAUGGUCUACCACCCAACACCGAAAACACAGAAGCCUUGCCAAACCAUCACAUAAUGACCCUCUUCCGUGCCUCACAAACCCUUGAACCUUCCUUCCACAACCUUGUCUCCACCAUCACCGAGAAAUACGGCGAGCCUCCUCUAUGCAUUAUCGCCGACGUCUUCUUUGGAUGGUCAGUUGACGUCGCCAUGCGGUUCGGAUCAUUCCAUGUUGGUUUUACCACCUGUGGAGGCUAUGGCACGGCCGCGUACAUCUCUCUGUGGUUGAACCUCCCACACCGUCAUACAGACUCCGAUGACUUCACCGUGCCGGGCUUCCCUGAAACAUGCCGUUUCUUGCGCUCUCAACUAAAUCCAACACUGAGAUCCGCCGACGGUACUGACCCCUGGUCUACCGUUUUCCGGAGAGAGCUACAACUAUCUUUGCGUUCGAAUGGUUUCUUGUGUAACACAGUCGAGGAGAUGGAAACAUUUGGGUUGGAAGCACUGAGAGCGGUUACGGGAAUUCCAGUUUGGCCUAUUGGACCUUUACAACCUCCAGCGUUUCUUAACCUUCCUUGUACUACUGAUUCUAAUCUAUCAUCCUCACGCUCGGUGAAGAAACACGGCAUCGCACCUGAAAAUUGCAUCAAGUGGUUGGAUUAUCAUCCACCUGGUUCGGUUCUAUACAUUUCGUUUGGAUCCCAAAACACUAUCAAUCCUACCCAAAUGAUGGAACUAGCUAUGGGUGUCGAGGCAAGCGGGAAGGCUUUCAUCUGGGUUGUUAGGCCACCUGUUGGGUUUGAUAUAAACGGUGAGUUUAAGGCGGAAUGGUUGCCGGAAGGAUUCGAAGAACGUGUAACUGAGAGCAGACGAGGCCUUGUWGUGCGUACAUGGGCACCUCAGCUAGAGAUUCUGUCGCAUAAAUCGACAGGAGCAUUUCUUAGCCACUGUGGAUGGAAUUCCAGUUUGGAGAGCUUGAGUCAAGGCGUGCCGAUUAUAGGGUGGCCAUUGGUUGCAGAGCAAGCUUAUAAUUCGAAGAUGAUGGAAGAGGAGAUGGGUGUUUGCGUGGAAUUGGCAAGGGGACCGGACAGUAGGGUCCUGAGUGAGGAGGUGGAGAGAGUAAUUGAGUUGGUGAUGGGUGAGGGAGAAAAAGGGAAGGAGAUGAAGAUGAAGGCGAGUGAAGCUGCGAAAAAGAUAAGAGCAGCAGUGAGAGAAGGAGAUCAGUUGGGGUCUUCAGUUAAGGCACUUGAUGAUUUUCUCCAGACUGCUUUGUCAAAGAGACAUGAAAAUGCAGAUGAGGCGAUGACGAGGAGAGCCAUAGCGGCUGGUCAAUAGAGGAUAAAACAGUGCCUCACUAAUCCGACCAGGUUUUAGUUUUUUUUUUUUUUUUUUUUUCUUUGCUUUUGGCUUUUGGCUUUUGGCAUUUAGAACAGAGAGAGUAAAAUAGAGCUUUCGCUCAAGAUCUGCAAAAGAGAACCCAUUA